CAGUAUAUCUAGGGAGGAGAUGCAGGAGAUGCAGGACUAGCCUUAUCCAUGGGUAUUCUGUUAUGUUGAGUGCUAAUCAAUAGAAUGGCCCAGUAUUAAUUAAUAUUUUUACUAUAUUCUGCUGGGGACACGACAUCCACCGGCUCCACCGGGCUAGCUUUCUUUCUGCAUCCUGUACGCCGAAGACUAGAAGACUGCACCCCCUAAUCUUUCCUGUCCAACUUCACAUCAACAUAUCGUCUACUAUCCAUCGAACUAAUGAUCAACCAUACCGUUCGCCAUAAUACUCUCUACUCUCCUCCCAUCAUCCUCGACAGAGACUAUUCGUUGGCUCUUUUCUAAUCUAACCAAUUGAACAAUUGCAUCUUCCUAUCUCCCGCAACUCGCAAAGUAACUCACGCCGACACGAGCAUGUCUUCGCCAUCCUCGUUGAGUGCUGGAAAGCGCAAACGGAGCUCUUCUCAUCUGAACUCGGCACACAUCCCCAAGUCAUCCACGGCCGAGCUUCUGCAACCCUCGUCCCGCGACGCGUCUGGCGAAGAAGGCGACGAGUCGGCCUCGGCCAGCGAACCGCUCAAACAGAACAGCAUUUCCCAAGACACAAACACAAACACUAGCAAUACCAAUAACAGCAAUCCCCCGUCGAAACGCGCCAGGACUCGUCUCGCCGACGGAACAGAAACUCAGUUGACAACAAGCAAUGGUGUGGAAAACGGCAAUGAGGAUCCCGGCGAGCCCUCAGAGACCACUGAGUCCAGCGCCGAAAUAGAGAAGCGGUCGAAACGGAAUGCGAGCAUGCAGUUCCAGGACUCGCUCGAUGCCGCAGAGCCCGACGUUGACAAGGACGGGUUCUUGCAGCCCCCGCUGCGUGCCGGAUUGCAGGACCCUGUCGGGUACCAUACCAAUCCGCCUCCGACCGGGCGAGCUGUUCGAGUGUAUGCGGAUGGGGUUUUUGAUCUUUUUCAUUUAGGGCAUAUGCGACAGCUGGAGCAGGCUAAGAAAGCCUUUCCUGAAGUUUACCUGAUUGUUGGUGUGACGGGUGACGAGGAGACACACAAGAGAAAAGGCUUGACCGUGCUGUCUGGCGCAGAGCGAGCAGAGACGCUCCGGCAUUGCAAAUGGGUUGAUGAGGUCCUUCCAGACUGUCCGUGGAUUGUUACCCCCGAGUUCCUGUCAGAGCACCAGAUCGAUUAUGUUGCGCAUGAUGAUCUCCCGUAUCAAGCCGAUGAGGGAGAUGACAUUUACGCUGGGAUCAAAGAGCAAGGCAAAUUCCUUGUCACGCAACGAACAGAGGGUGUCAGCACUACAGGCAUUAUCACAAAGAUUGUCCGUGAUUACGACAAGUACAUCGCACGCCAAUUCAAACGAGGCGCAUCGAGACAGGAACUCAAUGUGUCCUGGCUGAAAAAGAAUGAGCUGGAGAUCAAACGCCACGUCACAGAGCUCCGCGAAAGCAUCCGCAGUAACUGGAACAUGACCGGGCAGGAACUGACGCGAGAAUUCCGUCAAUUCUGGGGGAAUAGCAGAUCCAACAGCCCUGCCCGCAGCAUCAGGAACGGGGCUGAAAUGCACAGCCCGCGCUCCAGCAUCUCCAAAUUCCAGUUCACUGGCCGUCCCGAGAGUCCGGGACCUGGAGGGCGUCACGAAGACUUUGCUACGGGGUAUAGUUUGGGGUUAAUUGGGGGUGUUAGAUCAUGGAUGACCCGAACUCGGUCAUACCAACCAAGCGGCCCAACGUCCCCAGUCGCCAGCGACGACGACCGAGACGCAGCAUCCUUUCUCGAAAGCGGUGACGAACGACGCCGUCCCAGCCUUCUGCGCGGCGACUCUUCCGGGUUUUAAUAAGUCAGAUUAUUCUAUCUAAUUCUUCUUGUCUGUAUUGUUUUUCUAGGACUGGGACUUUGACUUUGGGCUAGACUUGGCUCGGCAUAGACGGAUAUUAACGCUCCAAUUGAGAGUGGUUGGACUGCGCAAUUCGUUGACCGGUCUGGCAUGCAUACAUAUUAUUAUAUGGAAUAUUGUUUUUCGUUGUGGUUGCAUUUUUGCGUCGGAAGUGAUUUCAUGUAAGAAUCAUCGAUGCAGUAAUAGGAGUUUGGUAUCUCAACUAUUUUAACUCAUCUGAAGAUUUCUACGAGUAAAGUAUAUCAACUGAUGUGAUGAA